UCGUCACUCUCAAAACCUCUUUGCAGGCAGUCGUGAAUUGGACUGCCUUCAAUGAGAGGCAAAGCUAAUCUCCGUUUAGCCAGUAGUAUGCCUUGCAGCACUUGUGAUUUUUUUUCUUUUGCAAAAUGUGGCUUUGAACCCGAGUCUAUUCGUUCGUGAAUAGUUCAUGACUCGUCAGGCUAGAAUGACAGCUACAAACUCCCCGAUAUCAAAAUUCAGCUCGUAUGACGAGUACGGAUUUGAGAGGCCCGUGGAUUUUGAUGUGGCAGCUUACGAGGCUUUCAUGUCCGAGUAUCUUGGCGUUUUGGUGAGACGAGGACAAAAAUGGGAGAAACUCUUGCAAAAGUCCUCGGCUGAGGACCUCAAAAAGAAUCGAACAUUGAAAAGAUUUGUCAGAAAAGGCAUUCCCAAUAAGUAUCGGACUAAGGUCUGGAUGCGAAUCAGUGGAGCGGAUGACAAACGGAAAGCCAAAAGAACGCAUUAUAAAGACAUGCUAUCGCAACCUCUCAACGAUGUGGUUGCUCAAGAACAGAUCAAGAACGAUCUUCACCGAACGUUUCCAAAUAAUAUGUAUUUUACCAAAGACAACGACGUCAAAAGUCUGAAGAGGCCUUUGCAUAAUGUUUUGUUGGCAUUCGCUAAUUCAAGCCCUCACAUUGGAUAUUGCCAGGGGUUGAAUUACAUUGCUGGACUGUUGUUGAUUGUUACGAAGGAUGAGGAAAAAUCAUUUUGGCUACUAAAAUGCCUCACCGACGACCUGCUUCCUCAGUAUUAUGGACCAGAUAUCCCUGGCUUGUUAACCGAUGUUAAAGUUUUGGCAGAAAUAAUCAGAAUCAAAUCACCCACCGUUUAUCGCCAUGUGGAGGCUUUCAAGAUGCCAUGGGCUUUGGUUUGCUCCAAAUGGUUUGUGUGUCUGUUUAGCGACGUUCUUCCAGUGGAGACAGUUUUGAGACUUUGGGAUUGUCUAUUUUAUGAAGGAUCCAAGAUUCUUCUGCGGGCAGCUAUCUCAUUAAUUCUUAUGAACACGGAAAAUAUCCUUAAAACCAAAGAAUUCUCCGAAAUGGUGCAGACGUUUCAGAAUUGUACGCUCACUUCGGACACAAUGCAAUGUCACGACUUCAUGACUACAAUCUUCCAAAAGUCAAGUCCGUUGCCCUCAAAGACGAUCACAAAACUUCGACAUCGAUAUGGAUACGAAGCAUAAUCAAUGGAAUCACUGGAAUGAUGACUGUCUUUAUCAAAUUGUUGCAACACAUUGAAUAAACUAAUUUCAAAUAUUA